AUGGACGUGGCCUAUAUCUGUGAGUGGGACAGAAAGCCCCGGAGCAGUCACUGCCCCUCCAGCCCGCCGGUGUGUGCUUGGUCCUGCCGUAACCUGAUCGCCUUCACAUCAGACCAGAGGAGCGAAGAUGAGAAAGAUCUUACCCAUAUGAUCCACAUCCUUGACACAGAACAUCCUUGGGAUGUCUAUUCUAUCAACUCUGGACACCAAGAAGUCAUCACAAGCUUGGAGUGGGACCAGUCUGGCUCUCGUCUACUGUCAGCUGAUGCUGAUGGCCGUAUUAAGUGUUGGGGCAUGACGGAUCACUUGGCAAAUAGCUGGCAGUGUAUAGUAAGCAGUGAGGUAGAUGGAGACCCAAUCGUGGCACUUUCAUGGCUUCACAAUGGGGUGAAACUGGCACUGCAUGUGGAAAAGUCAGGUGUCUCCAGUUUUGGGGAGAAAUUCUCUCGUGUGAAGUUUUCUCCAUCUCUAACUUUAUUUGGAGGAAAGCCAAUGGAAGGAUGGAUUGCUGUCACUAUCAGUGGACUUGUUACUGUAUCUUUGUUAAAGCCCAAUGGACAAGUUCUGACGGCUACAGAAAGUUUGUGUCGUCUGCGAUGUCGGGUUGCACUGGCUGAUAUUGCUUUUACUGGUGGAGGAAACAUUGUUGUAGCCACCUGUGAUGGAAGCAGCACAUCCCCAGUACAAUUCUACAAAGUCUGUGUGUCUGUUGUGAGCGAAAAGUGCAAAAUUGACACAGAGAUUUUGCCUUCACUCUUCAUGCGCUGCACUACAGAUCCAGCUCGCAAAGACAAGUUUCCUGCUGUUACUCAUCUCAAAUUUCUUGCCAGAGACAUGUCCGAGCAGGUUCUCCUAUGUGCCUCUAAUCAGUGUUCCAGUGUAGCAGAGUGCUGGUCCUUGCGUAAGGAAGGACUCCCCCUCAAUAACAUUUUCCAGCAACUUUCUCCUGGAGUGAGUGAUAAGCAGCCAAUGAUACUGAAGUGGCGUAUCUUGUCGGCUACCAAUGAACUGGAGCGUGUGUCUGCUGUAGCUCUACCCAAACUUCCAAUUUCCCUUACCAAUACGGACAUCAAAGUGGCAAAUGAGACUAAGUUUUAUCCUGGGCUAGGUUUAGCACUGGCAUUCCACGAUGGUAAUGUUCACAUUGUGCACAGAUUAUCACUGCAGACAAUGGCUGUCUUAUUUGGUUCAUCCAUGCGUCCCUCUGAGGAGCCCAGUUUAAAACGUCAACGUUCGCCUACCCCUUGUGUUCAUUUCAAGGCCCUGCAGAUGUCCUGGACUUCAUUGGCAUUAGUUGGAUUAGACACCCAGGGCAAGCUCAGCAUGCUGAGAGUCUCCCCAUCUAUGGGUCACGCACUUGAUAUGACUACUUCACUUCGUCAUCUCCUGUUCCUGCUAGAAUAUUGCAUGGUGACUGGGUACGACUGGUGGGAUAUCCUGCUACAUGUGCAACCUAACAUGGUACAUAAUUUAGUAGAGAAACUACAUGAAGAGUAUACCAAACAAAAUGCAGCACUGCAACAGGUCCUGUCCACCCGGAUCCUGGCUAUGAAAGCAUCGCUUUGUAAACUUUCACCUAGCACCAUCACUCGAGUCUGUGACUAUCAUGCCAAGUUGUUCCUUAUUUCAGUCAGCUGCACUCUGAAGUCUUUGCUGCGACCCCACUUUUUAAACACUCCCGACAAAAGCCCAGGAGACAGGCUUACCGAGAUCUGCAAUAAAUAUCCUGAUACAGAUAUAGACAAAGUGAUGAUUAAUCUGAAAACAGAGGAGUUUGUUCUAGACAUGCCAACUCUUCAGUCACUACAGCAACUUAUUCAGUGGAUUGGUGACUUUGUGUUGUAUCUGCUGGCCAGCCUUCCCAACCAGGGCUCUUCAUUCCGGCCUGGGCACAGUUUUUUUUACGUGAUGGAGCCUCACUGGGUACACUACGUGAAAUGAUGGUGAUGAUUCGAAUUUGGGGCCUUCUGAAACCCAGCUGUCUUCCCGUAUACACAGCCACAUCAGAUACACAGGAUAGCAUGUCUCUGCUUUUCCGUCUGCUCACCCGCCUCUGGAUGUGCUGUCGGGAUGAAAAUCACCCCUGUGAGCCAGACGAGGCACUAAUAGAUGAGUGCUGCCUUCUUCCCAGCCAGCUUCUAAUCCCAAACAUGGAUUGGUUGCCUCUGGGGAAUGGAUUGAUCAGUCGGCUGCAGGGCAAGCUUCCUCUGCGUCUGCAGUUUGGAAAACCUCCUGGGGCCCCCAGCCAUGCAUCUGUGCAGUAUGAAGCAUAUACAAGGUCUCCCUCCCAACCAAAAAUUGACCAUCUGAGAAGAUUGCAUUUAGGAACAUUUCCUACAGAGCCUUGCAAAUCCUGUACACGGUGUGGCUGUGUAACAAUGUUGAAGUCCCCGAAUAAGGCAACUGCAGUGAAGCAGUGGGAGCAGCGUUGGAUAAAAACCUGUCUUUGUGGAGGGCUUUGGAGAAAGAUGCCCCAUACUUACUCUUGA